CUAGGUAUGCAGAUUGUAGGAAGCUAUGACUUCUGUAUAAUAGCUAAAGGUACAAAUAUUGAAGCCAGAUCUAUUUAAAAAAUGUACCUUUAAUAAUUUAAGUGAAGGUUCAUUUUUAAUUCGUAAAUAAUUAAAAACUGUAUUGUGUACGUCAGUAUAACGUCGAAUUAAUAAUAGUUGCAUAACUUUUUUGUGUUUUUAUAUUUGGAUUAUAAGAGAUUAAAAUUUUUGAAUGCGGCUUAUUUGAUAAUAACCGACGACGCCCCUGGGAGCCGCGACGCACAGGUUGAAAACCACUGUACCACUAGUAUAAAUUUUUGGAUGAAACCAGUAGAUGUCUGUGUUAUUGAGCAGUAUUCAGCAGUUGGUAGAACAAAACACUGAUCCUCUUGUUAAAGAUCUUUGGCUUAUGGGAUCAAUAUGGCCAAUCACAAUUGUAGUGAUUGCAUAUUUGUACUUUGUUCUUAAACUUGGACCGGAAUUCAUGAAGUUUCGUAACCCUUACAACAUUGACCGCAUUGUUAUGAUUUAUAAUGCCGUACAAGUUAUAUUUUCUUUGUACUUAGUGAAAGAGGCAUUUAGACUGGUGUGGCUGCGAGACGAUUACCGAUUCUUUUGCGUUGAAAGAAGUAAAGAUGACCCUGAUAUAGCAAGCCAACAAAUAUAUACAGUUUGGCUGUUCCUCAUUAGUAAAUGUAUGGAUCUCCUAGACACAGUUUUUUUUAUCCUAAGAAAAAAACAAAGUCAAAUAACGUUUUUACAUGUUUACCAUCAUACUUUGGUUGUAACACUUGGCUGGUAUUUAACUAAUUUUUAUCCAGGAGGACAAGCCGCAUUCUUUGGUACCAUUAAUGCAUUUGUGCAUGUUAUAAUGUAUACCUACUACUUAUUGACUGUAAUAAGCCCAGAAUACAAAAAAGCCUGGUGGAAAAAAUAUUUAACGACUAUACAACUGGUGCAAUUCGUCAUUACUGGACUACAUGGAUUUAUUACACUAUUUGAGCCUGACUGCGAUUUCCCAAGAAUCAUAAUGCUAUUAGCAAUUCCACAAGAUAUAUUUAUGUUCAUUUUGUUCUGGGACUUUUAUAAAAAAGCAUACAUUAAACCAAAGAAGAUUAAACAAUGAUGAAUUCGCAAAAGAUUAUAAAAUAAAAAUAUUUAUUAUUUUUUCCUUACCAAUUUUUUUUUUUUUUGUUUAUAUUAUCUCCAUACUUAACGGAAAGACAAAAUGCUUAUAAAAUACUGAUUUUAUUUUUCAAUAGGUAUUCAAUUUAAUAAACUCAUUUUAUGAUACAAAUAGUUUUAAUAAACAAUAUGAAAAGCACAUAGAUUAUAAUACAUUAAAUUCAAAUACUUGUGUACUAAUUAGGAGUUUGGAAGAAUUGAUUUGUAAAUAAUUUCUUUUAACAAUGUUGGCAUGCCGCUAUAAUAGGUGUCUACUAUAUAUGUACUAAUAUCUACCAACCAAACAUUUUUAGAGAAUUGGUGUAUUUAAUUUUUGAUAUACUAAGUUAGAUAAGUUUUUGAGUGAUGGAUAAUAUAUUAAUUAAUCAAAUACAUGGUGUAUUGGACAUAAAGACUAUCAAUAUAUCAGGAUAUGCUUACGUCUUGAGUUUUUACGAAUAGAAAAAUUGUAUUAUAAAACUCUGAUAUUGUUCAUUAUUAUUAAUCAGUUUUUUACUUCAGUUGAAAUACGAAAAAAUAAUUUUAAUUAUUUUAAUUAAUUAUUAAGUUUAAACAGUUGAUUAUGUCAAAAAAAUGGUGAAAUUAUAUAAAUUUAUUUUGGUUUUUAUGUAAAUAUUGUAGUAAAUGAAAUUUAAAAAAAUAUGAAAUUUAAUUAUAUGAGAAUGGUUUAUUUGUUCAAAAAAUUAUUUUGUAUUUAAUAAUGUUAAAUAUUAUUUUCAUGAAAAUCAUAAUAACCACUUUAUUUUGAAAUUAUUCCCACUGGUUUAUUUAAUUGCUUGACUCACCUGCGUUGGUUAAAAAUGUAUGAAAAUAAUCAUUAAUUACCUACCAACGAUUUGCAAAUUAUUGUAAAUAAUACACAGUCUCAUACUUUCAUUAUAAGUUAUAACUACAGAUAAUUGUAUAUUAGAUUUAUUUAUCGUACUUUAUAGAAUAUAUAGUUAAUGUAUUAUAUUAUAGAAAGGAAAAAUGUAAGUGUAAAUUAAUAUAUUAUGUAUAAUUUAAAAUGUUUAAAAGUUGUAUUGCUUACAAGGAAAUUGCUUAUAAGGAUACAUUGUAAUCAUACACUAUCACGAAUCUAAAUAAAUCUAGUCGAUGGUUAUUUUAAA